UCAAAUUCUGUUCAAGUUUUGAAGUAGACACUGCCAUUUUGCUGGAAUAGUGACUUGGCCUUCCAGUUACUCUCAACGCAAGAAAUCCUGGUCAACAUGGAAGCUGAGUAUUCCAAAAGAGUGUAUCAGGGAGUUAGAGUCAAGCAUACUGUCAAGGAUCUGCUGGCUGAAAAGAGAUCACGACAAACCAGUGGACCACGUUUUGCUGGGGUGUCUGCUCAGAGCCCACUCAUCCAAAUGGCAGGUUCCCAUACACUGCCAGGAUACUAUGGCAUGAGAAGACCAUUCUUUCCUGAUGCUGAGUUUUGCUCUUCAAGCAAGCAGUUCUCGACAGACAUCUACUCUUCAGCACUAACAGGGAAGUCCUUCUCCUGUGACAUUACACCCAUGUCGACUUACUCAUCCCUAAUAGAUAGUUGCUAUCCAGAGUCUUUCAGUGACUACCGCAGUGUUGCUCACUCUGGUGGAGGAAGUUCUGUCUUUUCAUCCACUGCAUUGGCCACUCGGCUUCCCCAUUUUCCUGGAGAUACCUCUCACUUUAUGCUGAGGGAUUCCUGGGAGCAGGCUGGGAUGGAGCCUGCAGAGGCUUUGUGUGGGAAUAGUUUGGUUCCUGCACCUGUGGAACUAUCCAGCCCCAGCCAGUAUCGCUCCUCCUCCAGGAGCUCCAGCAUGGGCUCAUCACAGUUUUACUCCCUGCACACCCUGGAUGAUGUACCAUAUCCCUCUUCCUUCCAGCUACCUUCCAACUUCCCCUGCCCAACAUAUAGUGAACAUGUAGCUAAACUGCCAGCUCUGUCCACGGAGGACACUGAGACUGUGCCCUCUGCCCUGAAUGAUAUGUUGCCAUGGGUCAAAGAAGAUGCCACUGGAGCCUGGUCACACUGUGAAAUUAGGAGAACUUUCUGAUGGAAAGCAUUUGAAUCGCAAACAAGGCAAAGCUGAUUGAAUAUAGGAGAAACAAAGGACAGUCCAUUUCACCUUUUAAAAUGUCAGUAGCUAAAAUAAAGUUUUGGUGGAUCAGUUCCAAAUUGAAGUGUUCAAACUUUAACACACAUGAAUACACUACUGGAUAUUAAAGCAUUUCUAUUCAACAAAACCACUUAGAAAGGAGAAACAUGGAACUCAAGAGGACAAGACAUCUUCCUAAGAUGACUCUGAAUAUAGAAGAGGGCAUUCCUUUUUAACUUAAUUGCAUUUUAGCUCCAGCCAGCUUAUAUAGGUCCUGGGUUCGAGCCCAGCGGCCGGCGAGGGCCUUUUCUGUGUAGAGUUUGCAUGUUCUCCCUGUGUCUGUGUUGGUUUCCUCCGGGUGCUCCGGUUUCCCCCACAGUCCAAAGACAUGCAGGUUAGGUUAAUUGGUGGCUCUAGAUUGACCGUAGGUGUGAAUGUGAAUGGUUAUUUGUCUCUGUGUCAGCCCUGUGAUAACCUGGUGACUUGUCCAGGGUGUACCCCACCUCUCGCCCAUAGUCAGCUGGGAUAGGCUCCAGCUUGCCUGCGACCCUGUAGAACAGGAUAAGUGGCUACAGAUAAUGGAUGAAUGGAUAUAUGUUUCACUGAUAUACUGCUGAUCUAUUAUCAAAGUUACU